GUUCGGAGAACUCAACUGCAGUGCCCACAUUACUCGAAAGCAGUCAACUCACGGUAGGGCUAAUAAAUAAAUGUCCUAAAAUCUAAAAAAGGAGCGUGUCCCUAAGGAAAUGGCCAUUGCAUACUAGAACGGGAGAAAGUGAAACUUACAAGCUAAGGAAGUUGAAAAAGACACAACAGAGUGAAUGUGGUGAAAUGUGCAUUAAUGAGAUUCGUAAAGGUGUUUCGACGAUGCUGAAAAAGGGUGUUACCCACGCGCAAAUUGUUAGAGUGGAACAGGAGCAGUAGAAACCGUGUCAUUCACCUGUGCCUCUCUUACAUGCGAAUCAUCCAAAGGAAGCAAUUUACUGAGUUCCCUUUGGCUUGCUAGUUGUUUUCGAGUUUCCAAGGAACAUAUCGUGCAUACUACAUAUAUACGUAUGUAGUCUGACACCACGUUUUGUCGUCAUCGAUUGUCCACUACGCUUCGCAUGCGAGAAGGGGGAUGCGGCAGGCUAACAAUAAAAGGGAAUUAACUUCGUCCUUCCAACCACGCUAGACAAGGAGUGCGGGCAGCGUCAUAAAGCUUUCCUGGCACCGAGUUUUGUUUGAGGUCCUUUGGUGCUGCGGACGUUCGGGGAGGAUUGAGGGAGAUUCGAAAUAUGUAACUGACCAGCAAUAAAUCAUCACCUACCAAUGAAUGAUGUUCGUAAAAACAAAUAGGCCUACUCACAUUUUAAAGUCAAUAACGCUAGCGAAGUAGUUUACUACCGACCAACGGAUAUUUUUAUACAAUGAACUUACAAAACCUUGUUAAAACAACAAUGGCAGCAAUAAUAUAGAAAACUAGCCAAGGUGCAGUAGGAAACCAACUGUAUUGUACAUAAGCUGAUUGUUAACAAAUUGGAAUCAAUUAAUUUUUGAUGGUACUACUAUAAUUAGGAUUUUACAAGAACAGGACAUUCGAAUAGGAAACUACGAAAUGUUUCUACGUAUUGUUCAGCAUAUCCAAAAUUUAGGCCUUAUUAUAGCGAUAUUUGUGAUUUUCGUGAAAGAAGCCUAUUGCAUAGAUUGUUUCAAAUGCGUGUCGUUUAAUGGCGCUAACAAAGCUUGUGAUGAUCCAUUUCAUAACAAUUACUCAACAGCGAUUUUAGAGUCGCCUUGCAUGGGAGGACGUAAAGGACGAGAUGGCCUAUUUCCAGCUACGGCCUGCAUUAAAAUUGCGGGUUAUUAUGAUGAUACUGGAGAGACCAUAACUGUUCGAGGCUGCGCACUUGAUAGUGGGACGCUGACGACAGAUACGGAAAUUAUCCGGAUGUCUCAUUGUGGAAGAUUUUAUUACGACGACAGAUAUGUCCACGGUUGCCUUCAAAGCUGCAACGAUGCUGAUGCCUGCAAUGCAUCCGAAAGGAGUGUGAAGAUGCCAAUAAUGCUGCAGAUGCUCGGAGCAAUGCUUCUCCUAUUGUUAUUACCGUCGGCCAUUAGCAGAUAACAGAACAAAUGCAGAGAAAAGUACGCCAAUAAUAUACUAUCCAUAACAUGUUUACAAUAAUUCUACAUAACACCAUGCUAAAUAUUAAAGAUGCUAAGAAAGCGGAUUCGCCGCUAUGAUUUUUACUGAGCUAACAACCAAAAACAGGAGACAGGGACCGAUCAAAAUCAAACAUAAACGGAAUUGUUGGUUCCGAAUUGAUUUACAAACUCAAUCAAAAGGAGAUCAAAAUACACCAUGUUAACUAAAUGCAUCACAUUAAUUACCUUAUAAGGUUUUCGAUAAGAAACAUAGCACACGUAUUACGUAGAGAAGAUUGCUUUCUAGAUGCCUGGUAAGUUAACAACCUCUGCCCAAGCAGCAAAAUUAUUAGUAACUAGGCUACCGUCAAUAUACUCCAUUUGAACUUAGGCAAGAACAACGGUUUUGAUCAAUUAUUACCACUUAAAAAUCAAUUAUUGUCAUCUAGAUAUUAAAACGCAUUGUUACAUACAUAUCUUUUCAAAUUGUUUACAUAGAUAAAUCAGAAGAAAAUGAGAACGUUCAAAUAUUUUUGGGGAACUCGUACAAAGCCGGCAUUUAAAAUUAACUUAAUAGAAAACGUCCUUUCGCUUGUCUUCUUUUGUAUCUAAAACUUACAAAGUUUGGUUGGAAUUGGAAUGUUCUGCAAACGAUGGAUGAACGGACGAACAUGAUCUGUGGCCCACGUUAUAUAAUACAUCGACAAUUUUCGAAAAAUAAUUCUUUUGACAACGAUUUAUUAUAAGUAGUAUUUUAAAAGCUCGUAUUCUCCCUGAUUUUCGUAUAAGUCUUGCUAUUUCGGCCUCAAUAAAACUUUCAGGAUUUGAUAGAUAUACAAAUUAAUUCAUCUCAUCGAGUAGUAUAGAAGUUCUUGGUUCUCGAAUUAUCAUUUGAUAAUAACGAUGACUUUUUGCGUAUUUGUCCUCAUUUGAAAAUGUGGCAACAAUCAAUCUCAAAACAAAACCAUGCGGUUCCAGAAGUCAGACCAUGAUAAUAUAACUAAAGUCAGCAAAAUUGAUAAUAGACAUCAGAUAUUCCAAAUGAUUCCGAUUCGUUUACAUCAUAGUUUGUCCUGCCUGGCGAUUCUCCCCCGGGAAAGUAAAGGGCGUGGCAUUUGUCUUGAGAGACAUUGUGAUAAAUGCCAUAGAAUACAUUAUAUUUACGGAAACAUAAUCACAUAGUCGAGUUAUAUCACAACCUUAGGAAUGCAAAAUUAAGAGUUAGGCACACUCCUCAUUAAUAAUAAUUGAAAAUAUGAAUACCAAAAUGUAUCUCAAAACAGUUUAUUUAUUAAUAUUUAAAAACAGGAAUUUAUAAUAUGUUUAUAAUAAACGAUUGAUGA